GUCACGUGGCGCGGUAGCGGAACCACAAGAAGUACCGAUUUGCAGAAAACAAGAAUGUAAACAAAAAGUCGACGAUGUCGGAAUAAAUUCAAUUUUUUCAGUAAAACCACGUGAAUAUAAAAAGAUGACUUCGUCAAGCAGCAGCGAUGAAGAAGACAAUGCUAAUCUGAGAGAAGCUCUUGCUCCCGGCUUUUCCAUUGAAGCAGUGAAAAGGAACCUCAUGCCCAAAGAUAAUCACGAGAAGAUUCCAGAUAAAGCCAGUAGCAAGCUCACACAAAAAUCUGGUGUUAAAACCAUGUCGCAAUUUAGGAUGCCAAAUGUCUCCUGCGACAACCAGAAAUAUUUGGCUCGGGAAUUGCAAAAAUAUCUUGAAAAGCAAAUUGAAGAAAUAAGCGAUAAUCCAGUGAGAGAAAAACGAAAAAAGAAGAAGAAACAUCGCUCUCAAGAAGAAACAGGAGUUAAAUUGCUGUCCACCUCAAAUAUUGCUCUGUCACUUGACCAGGACGAAGAUGAGCCGGAAGUUUUCACUACCUGCAAUUCAAGUAAGACUCCGAGAAUAGGAAAAAGAAAAUUGGAGGAUGAAGGUAAGGAGUCGGACGAAGUUGUGAAAGUUAAGGACGCAGCCGUAAGUGCGGAGUGGGUGCUCAAAAAAAGAGGUGAUUAUGGACCGUUGUGCAGGAAACCUGGCGAGGUUAUUCAUGUUGUUAAUGGCUUGAUACAGAAUUAAAAACAAAAAGUACAAUAUAUAUUUAAUUAACAUU